GUUCGUGUGGAAUACCUUAGCCAACCGGAGCUUUACAUUCCUGAUGUGAUGGCUCGUGUGAAAGCAGAAUUCCUCCAGCAUCUUUAUCAGCUUCCGGCGUUUGCUCCAAUUUUAUCAGUGUCUGAUCAACAAAUUGGUGGACACACUUUAACAACUCAAAGCAAUGCCGUAUCCAACAAAACUUACCCACCAGAAGCCUUAUGGCCGAGCAAUCCAGACCUCUUUCUAGAACUAAUUGCACGUCAGACUGGGAAGCUGCUCAAGGUUAGAUGUUUGCAAGUAAUAACUUUUUUCGAAGAUAUGAGACCAGGUCGCGGUUUUCUUUCGUUUUAUAGAUGUUGUUUGACCUUGUUUCCACAACUUGGCCAUAUUGGGAGAAAGACCUAG